GGCUUCCCAAUAAAUAGGGGGGAUCACAAGCUGCACUGCACUGCAUCAAUCUCCACUCUUCUGUAAUAUAUACUGAAUAUACUCAAGUCCGUACAUUUUCUUCUUAUUGUCCAAUGGUGGAUCCAAACCCGUUGCUUCCUGUCUCCAUUCCCCCCUAUAUUCCCCUGCCUGAUGAUACUCUAGUUGCCCGCCGGAGACCCAUUAAGGUUUAUCUCCUCAUCGUUUCUGGGCUUUUGGCAAUUGCUCUGUUUGUGGCCCUGAUUGGAUACGGGGGAUCUGACAAUGUCCAACCUCGUGGCAACGAAGGCGGCUCAUUGGCCUCAUCGUCAAAGCAGCCGGACAGAUUGCGUCCCCUGUCACGAGGCCCGGCUGCCGGAGUUUCCGAGAAGGCAAACCAGCAAUUCGCCGAUAUUGGGCGUUUGCGGUCAUUUCCAUGGAACAACAGCAUGCUUUCAUGGCAAAGACCAGCCUUCCAUUUUCAACCGGAGAAGAAUUGGAUGAAUGAUCCUAAUGGUCCAUUGUUCUACAAGGGAUGGUAUCAUUUUUUCUAUCAGUACAAUCCAAAUGGUGCAAUAUGGGGAGACAUAGUCUGGGGUCAUGCUGUAUCAAGGGACUUGAUUCAUUGGCUUCAUUUACCAUUGGCCAUGGUCCCAGACCAAUGGUAUGAUCUCAAUGGCGUCUGGACAGGCUCUGCCACAAUUCUUCCUGACGGCCAAAUUGUCAUGCUCUACACUGGAUCCACCAAUGAGUCUGUCCAGGUUCAAAAUCUUGCCUAUCCUGCUGAUCCAUCUGAUCCUCUCCUCAUCAAUUGGGUCAAAUACUCUGGGAACCCUGUUCUAGUUCCUCCACCAGGCAUCCAUCCCAAGGAUUUCCGUGACCCAACAACUGCCUGGUUAACUUCUGAAGGGAAGUGGAGGAUUGUUAUAGGGUCUAAAAUCAACAAAACUGGCAUAGCUUUGGUGUAUGACACUAGGGACUUCAAAAAUUAUGAGCGGUUGGAUGGGUUACUUCAUGGUGUCCCUGGCACUGGUAUGUGGGAGUGUGUAGACUUUUACCCUGUGUCCAGGACAGAGGAAAAUGGCUUAGACACAUCCAUCAAUGGCCUUGAAGUGAAGCAUGUGGUCAAGGCUAGCUUAGAUCAAGACAAGCAUGAUUAUUAUGCUAUUGGGACUUACCAUGAAAAGAAUAGUACCUGGAUUCCUGAUAAUCCUAAAAUUGAUGUUGGAAUUGGAGUCAGGUAUGAUUAUGGGAUGUUCUAUGCAUCCAAAACGUUCUAUGAUCCAGACAAGGGUAGGAGAAUUCUGUGGGGAUGGAUCGGAGAAUCUGAUAGUGAAUUUGCGGACGUGCAGAAGGGAUGGGCGUCUAUUCAGAGCAUUCCACGAACCAUAUUGCUUGACAAGAAGACUGGUACUCAUUUGCUUCAAUGGCCGGUUGAAGAGGUAGAGAGCUUAAGAUUGAGCAGCAAUGAAUUUGAUGAGGUGGAGGUCAAGGCCGGAUCGGUUAUGAAGCUCGCUGUUGGAUCAGCCACACAGUUAGAUAUAAUAGCAGAGUUUGAGAUAGACAAGAAGGCAUUAGACAAAGCACCAGAGAGCAAUGCGACGUUCAGUUGCAGCAGCAGUGGUGGGGCAGCAGAGCGUGGUGCUCUAGGACCAUUUGGAGUUUCUGUUCUUGCAGAUGAGACCCUCUCCGAGCAAACUCCUGUAUACUUCUACAUUGUCAAAGGACAUGGUGGCAGUCUCAAGACUCACUUCUGCAGUGAUCAAUCAAGAUCGUCAGAGGCAACAGAUGUUAAUAAGCACAUUUAUGGGAGCUCUGUUCCUGUACAACAUGGUGAAAAAUUGUCUUUGAGAAUAUUGGUGGAUCAUUCGAUUGUCGAAACCUUUGCUCAAGGUGGGAGAACAUGCAUUGCAUCUCGGGUUUAUCCCACAAAAGCAAUCUAUGGAGCCGCUAGGUUGUUUCUGUUCAACAAUGCUACUGAUGUCAGUAUUACAGCUUCACUCAAGAUAUGGCAAAUGAAUUCUGCAUUCAUUAGGCCAUACCCAAAUGAUAAAAAUUGAGAAGUAGAAGUAGAAAAUGAGUUGAUCUCAGUUUAUCAUGUAAUGUCUCUCCAUGGUCCAAUUGGAAAUGAAUCCAUUGUGAUCAAAAGAAUUGUAGUAUUUAAGAGGAAGGGAGAGGCAUUUUUGUAAAUAAAAAAGAAAUAUGUUGAAAUCCAAUGUUGCUCAUUAUGAAUUAAAUUUAUGGGAUUGUA